AUGACGAUGGAGAAAGAAAAGCGAACCUUGAAUCUUCAAAGCCAUGAACACAGUCGGAAUAAGAAAAUGACUCAGCUGGUUGAGCUGACGUCUAUCAUCGGUCUUUCACUUAUACAAACACAAAUAGAUUACAUUCGCAUGAUUUUUAUGAUCAUUAAUGAAAGCAGCUUUAAGGAGUACAGUGGUAAAUGUUUAGAACAUGCGUAG